CCGCGCCCCUCCUUCCCCGCCCACCCCACUCCACCCCACCAGUUCCUCGGGCUCCCCAGCCCCGGUCAGACCUUGCUCUAGCUGACUGACCCCUGCUCCUCCCCUCUCCUUCACCCCCGCCCCCGGCCCCCCGAGCUGCAGCCGGAGACCGGGGGAAGAGGCGGCGCCCGCUUCCCAAGAUGUCGCAGACGGCCAUGUCCGAGACCUACGAUUUUUUAUUUAAGUUCCUGGUAAUUGGAAAUGCAGGAACUGGCAAAUCGUGCUUACUUCAUCAGUUUAUUGAAAAGAAAUUCAAAGAUGAUUCAAAUCACACUAUAGGUGUGGAGUUUGGUUCAAAGAUAAUAAAUGUAGGUGGUAAAUAUGUAAAAUUACAGAUAUGGGAUACAGCAGGACAAGAACGAUUCAGGUCUGUGACAAGAAGUUACUAUAGAGGUGCAGCAGGAGCUCUGUUAGUCUAUGACAUUACCAGCCGAGAAACCUAUAAUGCACUUACCAAUUGGUUGACAGAUGCAAGAAUGCUAGCAAGUCAAAAUAUUGUCAUAAUACUUUGUGGGAACAAAAAAGAUCUGGAUGCAGAUCGUGAAGUUACUUUCUUGGAAGCUUCUAGGUUUGCCCAAGAAAAUGAGCUUAUGUUUUUAGAAACAAGCGCGCUAACAGGGGAGAAUGUAGAAGAAGCCUUUGUCCAGUGUGCAAGAAAAAUACUCAAUAAAAUUGAAUCAGGUGAACUGGAUCCAGAAAGAAUGGGCUCAGGUAUUCAAUAUGGAGAUGCUGCCUUAAGACAGCUUAGAUCACCACGUCGCGCACAAGCCCAAAGUGCUCAGGAGUGCGGCUGUUAAAAUUUUGCACACUAUAAAAACCUAAGCUCUAUAUACAAAUGAUAUUUGGGAAGCAACUGAUGAAGCUUCAAGGUUCUGCCAUUUUUAUCACGAUCUUUCUACUCUGUGUCUGAAGUAGACCAUUGCUGGGGGAAAAAUAAAAGUACUUCAAGGUGUUAUGCAAGAUAGUCAAUAUGGCACAGCAGAUUCUAUAAUAAAUCUAAUUCAAUGGACAAUACAAUUAGAUGUAUACAUAGAUGUAAAAAUUUUCUGUCCUACAUUUUCCCUUUCACUUUUCAUUUAAACAUUUUGCUGUAUCCUGCCUGUAUAUACUGUAGUGCGGUAAGUUUCCAAAGCAUGGUAUAUGAUGUACGAUAUAAUAGAAUGUUGCACUAAAUGCAGUUUAAUAUUUUUUUUAAUCAUACGAACUAGAAUUUGUUAAUUGUAAGGAGUGCUUUUUAUCAUCAUGUUUGUGUUGUAUUGCACAUUUGGUUAUAUUUAUGACCUGAAAUACAAAGCCACUGGCAUUGUUGGUCAGUGCAUUUCCUAUUUAAUUUUUUUUUUUUUUUGCCACAUGCUACACAAUGUUUACGUGAUUUACACUUGAAAUACAAUGAGGUCAUUACUUUAAAGUUCACUAAUAAUAUAAGAAAAUAAAAUUGGAAAAUGAUUUUUCCAUUGAAAAUGCACCUGUACAGGUUUCUGUUGGUUUUUGAGGUAUUUUCCACACUUAGUUAAACAUACUAAAAAAAAAAAUUACACUCCUUUGAAAAAAAUCAUUUGACCUUGGAUCUUCAGAACUCUUCAUUUAUAAACAUAAACAAUCGACUGUUCUUUUUUUUUUUCCAUCUAGCUUGAUGACUAGAAUCUGGAUCAUUUACUUGGUUUGGGGGUGGGUUUGUUUGUUUAAGCAACGUCAUAGCAUCAAUGUCCCAACUCUGUUAUGUUAUUAUUUCAUGACCAUUCUUUAGAAAACUAUUACAUUGAGCUAAUUUGAAGAAGUUUUUAGAUAGUUUCCCCAGAUAUUUAAGCUUCCAUUCUUCUAUUUUUUCUCUCAUGGCAUGCAUUUAAAAUCAUAGUAAUGAUGUAUGGUAGAGUUAUCUGUGUAUCUCAGGUAUGAGUCAAAACUACAUGAUACAAACAUACAUGAGUUCAAGAUGUCUAAGAUGCCUUAUUGCAAUUCUCACAUUUCUGUGGUUUUUAAUUCACAUAGCAUUAUCAAAGUGUAAAUUAUAUUUUCAAUUUAAAAAAAAGAAUUGUUCUAACAUUUUAAUAUAUCACUACUUUAAAGGAAUCUCUCUAUACAUAUAUGCUUAUGUAGGUAUAUAUUCAGUGGAAUGUUUCUUUAUAGUUAAAUGCAAUUUUAUUUAAGUCUGGUACUAAAAGUACAAAAAACAUUCUUCAUCUUACAUAUUUCUUGUUCUUUCCUUCUCUGGUGACUUUUCCUUGUUGUAAGUAAUUGAUAGCCACUCAGUUCAUCUCACUUGAUCUUUCAUUAAAAGCCACCCACUGUUCUGAUUUAUUAAUGAGCUGAGAUUGAGGAUGCAGCUAACAAAUGAAUGAUGGUUUUGGUGAAGGAAUCAGUAUGUAUUUGUUUUAGGCAUUUUCGCUUUGCUUUUAAUACCUUCAGUAUCUUAUUUUGAAAAGUAUUGAAUGAGAUUCUCAUUUUAAUAUUUUUCUUGGCAAUUUAAAUUAAGGAAAUACAUUUCACUCAAAAUAUUCCUUUCCUUUGACCCCUCACUUUUGAAGGAUCUGUCAACUUGGAUUCACUAAUUUUUAGGUAGCUUUUUUGCAUGGAAUUAUAAAUGUAUUUGACAAGAUGUUAGAAGUCAGCGUGAAAAAAAAAACAACCAAGAGCUUUUAGUUUUGAUUAAACUUAAAACUUUGGGGUGGCAAAAUAGAUUGACUGUAUUGCUAAACCAUGGCUACUGUGUGCCUCUUUGCAACAAUAAAAGCUUCUGUCCAACUAAGCCAGUAAGGAUUCUUGCUACUGGGAAGCAGGAAUAGGAGAGAGAAAUUGUUCUGAGUUACUUAUUCCAGCAUCUAAGUACUGGUUAUGGGACUAUCAAGAAGCAUUUGCUUUUUUAGCCCCUCUGGAUUAUUUGAAUGGUAGCAGAAUUGAAAUUUUAGAAUACUUGCUAGAAAAAAACCUGAGGUCUGUUUGGAAUUAGAA